AUUCAUAAUGAAAUUGACUAGGAGUGAGUUGGUCAGCCUCAAAAACAAAGUGAAACUUCUGAGCGGCUAAGAAAAGAGAAAGAAGCGUUAAUGGGAGCCGUAGAAGAGAUGGUAACACCGGGAGAAGUAGUAGGCAAAACCUCCGACGUUAAAGCCGGAAGAGGAACAUACGCGGCGGUUCACAACAACACCGUUUACGCCUCCUUAACUGGCUUCCGCCACACCAUACCUCCAGCUUCGGACUCUCCUGACCAGAGACCUACUAUUGAAGUAACUGGUCAUAAAGCUCAUGGACCUGUUCCUGAGCCUGGAUCUGUUGUCAUUGUUAGGGUUACCAAAGUGAUGGCUAAAACUGCUUUUACUGAUAUUAUGUGUGUUGGUCAAAAGUCUGUUCGCGAAAAAUUUACCGGCAUUAUUAGGCAGCAAGAUGUUAGGGCAACUGAGAUUGAUAAAGUAGACAUGCACUUAUCUUUCCGUCCUGGUGACAUUGUUAAAGCUCUUGUGCUUUCACUUGGAGAUGCACGGGCGUACUUUUUGUCAACUGCAAAGAAUGAGCUUGGUGUUGUUUCUGCAGAAAGCACUGCUGGUGCAACUAUGGUUCCAAUAAGUUGGACUGAGAUGCAGUGUCCUCUAUCUGGUCAAAUUGAACAACGAAAAGUGGCAAAGGUUGCUGCAAGCUGACAAGAUUACUAAAGAUCAAGCUGGAAUCUGUUAUCCCCUUCGGCUGAAAAGGUCUUGUAGUCAUAGAAAUCUACUAACACGCCUCGUUGUUAGAGUGAGAAAUUAUAUCUAGCAGUUUUGUAGCGAUACAAGAACACAAGCUUGUAAUUUUUUCUUUUAAACUGCAAAUUGUUUUACUUCCAAAAUAGCGUUGAAGCAUGAUUUGAUUUC